CAGAUGAAAAGCUUCGGUAAAGAGUAGCUUUGCAUUUAUGCAUUGCAUUCACGCUUAGCCAAAUUUUGGCCACCAAGUCCCCCACUUUUGGGAUCUUUUUUUUCAGAAUUAAUUAAAUAAAGGAAAUAUAGAGAAGCUAAUUCAUUUGUGGGUGCUGAGCUUAGAACAACGGCAUGGCUACCAAGGAGUCGAGCUCUGGAGCUUCCUCUUCAACGGGCGGUACAAUCAAAAGAGUGCUCACGCAUAAUGGUCGUUAUGUGCAAUACAACGUGUGCGGGAACUUGUUCGAGGUCUCCGCAAAGUACGUACCUCCCAUUCGCCCUAUCGGUAGAGGUUCUUGUGGUAUUGUCUGUGCUGCUGUGAAUUCAGAUACACAUGAGGAGGUCGCCAUAAAGAAGAUUGGCAAUGCAUUUGACAAUAUAAUAGAUGCGAAGAGGACAAUGAGAGAAAUCAAGCUUCUUUCCCACAUGGACCAUGAAAAUGUUAUUUCCAUCAAGGAUAUCAUACGACCACCGAAAAAGGAUGCAUUCAAUGAUGUGUACAUUGUAUAUGAACUAAUGGAUACUGAUCUUCAACACGUAAUUCAAUCUGACCAACUACUUACAGAUAAUCAUUGUCAGUACUUCUUGUAUCAGCUGUUACGAGGACUGAAAUAUGUACACUCAGCAAAUGUUCUGCACCGUGAUCUUAAGCCCAGUAAUCUGCUUCUCAAUGGUAAUUGUGACCUUAAAAUUGGAGACUUUGGAUUGGCAAGGACAACUUCUGAGACAGACUUUAUGACUGAGUAUGUUGUCACUCGUUGGUACCGAGCACCGGAAUUGCUUCUUAAUUGUUCAGAGUACACUGCUGCCAUUGAUGUAUGGUCAGUUGGUUGCAUAUUCGGUGAAAUUGUGACUAGAGAACCUUUGUUCCCAGGGAAAGACUAUGUUCAUCAGCUGAGGCUUAUUACAGAGUUAACAGGUUCACCUGAUGAUGCUAGCCUUGGAUUUCUCCGUAGUGAUAAUGCUCGAAGAUAUGUUAGACAGCUUCCGCAAUGCCGGAAGCAACAAUUUUCAGCUAGAUUCCCCAGUAUGUCUCCUGGGGCUUUGGAUCUGCUAGAGAAAAUGCUCGUCUUUGAUCCUAACAAACGCAUUACUGUUGAAGACGCACUUUGUCACCCAUACAUGUCAUCUCUUCACGACAACAAUGAUGAGCCUGUCUGCCCUAGGCCAUUCAGUUUUGAUUUUGAGCAACCAUCUUCUACUGAAGAAGAGAUCAAAGAGCUCAUCUGGAGGGAAUCAGUGAAAUUCAACCCAGAUCCUACCCAUUAGGCGAAAUGCUUGCUUUUCAUAUGCAGUAGAUAUGUAGUGUAAUAGGCAAAACUUGGUCCCCCUCAAAAUAGUGUAUAAUUCGCCUCAUUUACUAGAAUUCAUAUAAUUGCAUUAGACUUCAUACUUGAAGUCAACUAACAAGCAAGGUGCUGAAACAUCUCUUCUCUUACUGAUUUGGGGUUCUGCAGAUAUCAGCAAAAACCCCAAAGCGAAGUUGAAGCCAGCUUGGUACAAAAAAUGGUGGUGAUUUUUCUCAUCAGUGUUAGGGGUAAAGAUUUGAACAAACAAUAUGGAUGUUAUAUUUGUUUGAAUCUAAAUAUAUGUUACAUAUAUAUUGAAUAAAA